AUGAAUUUUAAAUUAGAUUCCAACAUAUUUGAAAAUUAGGAUCAAAGCUCUCUAAAAUAACUAAUUUCAUUUCUUAGUUUAGACAUUUAAUUUGAUGGAUAACAAUUUCAAUAUAAAGACGAUAAAUAAUGGGCAAAAUUUCAAUAAUUUAGAUAAUCAUUUAAUACUUUAAAAGAAGUGUUUCCUAAUUUUAAAAUAAAACUUAAACCGAAAUUCUAAACUAUCUAAUAAUAAAAAAAUCAAUCCUAAUAGAGCGAUAAAGAAUUUAAAAAUUCAUCAACUUAAAUACAAACUGAUAAAAGUUUACCCAAUUCUUAAACUGAAAAAUCAAAUUAUAAAUCUUUUGAGACUCCAACUGAUUAAGGAGAUUCAUAAUUUGUAUAAAUUCAUUAAAAAGUUUAAUAAAUUAACGAUUCUUAAAAAUUUAAUGAAGAUAUUUUGACAAAUUCACAAUAUUCAAAUCUAUAAUUAAGAUCGGAGAUAGAUGAUUUAAGUUUGGGCUCAUUUCAUGAAUUCCCUUAAAAUAGCUCAAUACUAAAUCAAAAUUUAGAUUCAAGUAUCUAUGGUUUUGAUGACAAAAUACAAAUUAAAUAUCAAAAUGAAGCUUUUACAAUUUAAUUGAAAGAUAAAAAUAUUUUAUAUAUUAUUGAGUAGUUAUUUUUAGAAAAGUGGAAUCUAUUGAUUUAAUAACUAAAUUUAAAUAAGCAAUCAAUGAAUUGCUAUAAAUUAUAGUUAAAUACCGAUUUCUUUUACAUAAAUCAAGAAAUUUAAACAUUUAUUGAAUCAAUUAUUUUAGUUGAAAUACAAUUUUGCUUUUAUUCAUGUUAUACUAUGAAAUAGUAAGAGUCUAAGAUAAAUUAAUUUUUAUAAUCACAAUAAAUUCAUAUAGCAUAAGUAAAUGAUGAUUUUUAUCUUGUUUCUACUUAAUAGUCUUAAUCAUUUCUAUAAGAUAUUUUAUCGUAAAUAUAAGAAAAUUAUAGAGGUUAUAUGCUCUAUUUUGCAAAUAUAAAACCUUAUUCAAAUUAUUCUGAUAGUAAUCCAAUUUUAGAAAAAUCUAGAUACCUUUAUUAUAAAAAAUACUUAGCAACAGAGAUUAAUCAAUAUGGUUUUAAUUAAUAUUUUAAUGAGAACUUUUUUUUUAUAGAAAUGAAUUUUUCAUAAAUUUAAGAAAAUAGAGAAUUAGUUGAAAAAUAUUUUAAAUAAUAUGUAGGAGGGUUUAUUAAAAAUCUAUUUUUAUUAAAAUUUUCUAUUUAAACAACUUUAGAGUCAGGGUAAAAAUUAGAAAAGAAUUUUUAGAGUUCAAUAGAUUCUUUGAAAUUAAAAAUUUUAUUCUAUAAAAAUAAUGAUGAUUGGAUUUUAUUUGGUGUUAAUGAAGAUAUUAUGAAUUUGUUAUCUCACUUAGAAAAAUUGCAAUUUACAAUUAAAAUUCUCUAAACUCAAAUUGAAUUUGAUCAACACAAUUAUUUAUUUAAAUUUAAAGGAGCUUAAUAGAAAAUUGAUUUAAAUUCCGUUAUAAAGCUACUAUAUGAAUUUGGUUUUCAAUAAGUUGAGUCAAAAAAUUUAGUAUUUUCUUCAUUUAAAAAUAAGGAUUUGAAUUUUAUUUACUUAAGUAAAAAAUUAUAUUUAUUAGAGUUUAAAUCUUAAAAUUUUUAUGCAGCAUUCGGGAACAAAAUAAUAAUAAGAUUGCCCUAUAAACAUUUCAUUAGAAAUUUAUAACAUCUAUUGAUAAUAAAGAUUUAAAAAAAGAAAUUGCAUGUUUUAGUUAGAUAAAUUCUGGAAUCAUUUAAUAAUUAUAAUAACAAGUAUUGACCCUUAAUAUACGUUCUGAUAUACAAUAAUUUCCAAUCAGCCAAACUAUAAGUUUGAAUGUAAUUUUAUUUAUUAACUAUUAAGCCCAUAUUUUUAGAUGAAAUUAUUGUGGAUAAUAACUAUCAAGACUUUUUUAAUAAUUUGGUCAAAACUAACUAGAAAAUAUAAUUUUAAAAAAUAUCAUAAGGAAAUUAUCAAAUAUAAUGUAUGAAUAAAUAAGUUGUGACUUAAUUUCAAUAAUACUUUGAUUAAUUUUAUAGUGAAAGAUUAGAUUUGGAUAGAACUUCAUUAUCUUGUUUUGAACUUAGUCAUUAUUUACAAAAAGAAAUGAAAAAAAGAUCCAUAUUUUGGAAAAUAACAGAAGAAAAAUAAUUAUAUUUAAUUACAAGAAAUACCGAAUCUCUUAAAUAUAUUCAAGAACUAAAGUAAUACAAAGGAAAAAUAAUUUAUAUGCUUAGUUUGAAUUGUUAAAAUUUUAAUGAGAAAAUUGAAUUCCAUGAAUUAGUUUUAGCAAGAACAAAUUAUUUUAAAUAUAAAUUGCUUGAUUUUUUAAAAUAACUUUUCAAAUAAAUAAAAGAAAUUGAAUUUAGAGAAGAAUAAGAAAUCAGUUCAUUUUGUAUCAUUCAUUCAAAUUAGGUUCAAUAUCUAGAUUAAUGCAUUGAAGAAAUUCAGAAAUUAAUAGGUUCUUAGAUUUUCCUUGAAAUAAAAACAAAACCAGAAUUUGGAAAAAAGUUUCUUGAAAAAAUAAUAGUAAUAUCAGAUUUAUAUGUCUCACAAAUACAAUAAUAUUCAGAUUAUUAUAUCAAAAUCUUAGGAAAUAAAAAUCAUUUCAAAUAAAUAAAUUAAUUAAUUUAAAAUAUAUAAAUCCAAGAUGAAUAAUUUACAAAUUUGAAUAUCAGUUUUUACAUUGAAUAAUUUUUACCUUAUAAGAACAUUAUUUAAAAAAAACAGGAUCGAGCUAAAUUUAAACUCUAUUUAGAAAGUUAAGGAUGUAUAUUGUAUGAUACUAAUAUUAAAUGGAAAAUAGAAAUAAGAUAAUAAAUUUCAAAAAGUAUUUUAAUAAUUAUAUUUUAGUAACUAUAUUUUCAAUUUUAGCAGAAUGGAUGAAUCAAGAGAUAAUAUAAACAUAAAAAAAUUAAAAUUUAUUAAAUUUGGUAUCUAGAGAAGAAUCAUUAAUUUAGCAAAAUUUUUCAAAUAUUAUUUUUGAAGAUUUUGAAAAAACACUUUUUGAAUUGAUAAAAAAUGAAAAUAAUUAAAUUAACAAUGAUGAAAUUAAAAUAUAGGAUUAAGUUAAUUUAGAAGACAAUUUUUAAAAAUAAGGUGUAAAUUAUAAAUAAUAAGAGGUUUAAUUUUAAUAAAAUUUUACAGAUAAUUAAUCUUAAAGUGAAACUAGUUAUUAAGAUCGUCAAGAAAUUUAACCAUUUGAUCUUUAAAUAUUGGCAGAAUUUAAAAAAUCUGCUUAGCAAAUAUCACUUCCUAUAAAUUCUAAGGCUACUUAAUUUUUGUAGGAUAAUAAUUUACAUCAUAAAUUAAUAUUUUUAGAGCCACAUGUAGAUUAAAAUUAUAAGAAAAAUUUCUUCAAACAAACAUGUGAUUAUGUUGAACUUUAUGUUAUUUAAAAAUAAGAUAAAAUUUAUGAAGGAACCUUUAGUAAAAGAAUUAUUUAUUGGAUAAAUGCAAAAAAAGCUAUUGAAAAAUUUAUUCAAUCUAAUCAUCAAAAUUAAAUUUUAAUUUUUUUUAAAGCCAAAAAAUCUUGUAAUUUUACUUAUUUACCGAAUGAUCAAGAAAAAAUUUGUUUAAUGGAAGAUAAUUAAGUAUUGCCAUAUAUUUUUGGUAAAAAAAAAUGA